CAGCGGCCGUCGCUAUCGUCCGGAAUGAUCACUGGCAGGGUGUUCUGGCGGAUGGUGCUGGUGCUGGCGCUGCUGGCGGUCGUCCUGUGGGCCGAGCUGCUGCUGAUCGAGCUGUCCCACUCACGGCAACAGCCCAUGAUGCUGCCGCCACUCUACACAUCCGACUCGGGUGGCGCCCCCCAGCGGCCAGUCAGUGGGGACACCAACAUCUUCUUCAUAGAGCCCACGUGCAUCUUCGAGGAAGUGCCAUGGUUCGGCCUCGGUACUCUCCAAAUGUGCGCCGUGGAGUCUGCCAUCCGCCACAACUCGGAGUACCACGUGUACGUGCUCCACACGUGUGCGCCUCCUGCUGAAGGCUUCACCGUCCCCGAGGGUGCCAAGGCGAUCUACGCUCCAACAGAUUUUUUCUUCAAGGACACUGAUCUUGAUCCGUCCAUCUUAACACUGUACCGCUUCUUUGGUACAGAGUAUUCCGCACAGCACGCGAAGGAGGUCCUGAGUCUUGUGACACUCUGGAAAUACGGUGGCAUCUACCUCACCCUGGACUACGUCAUUCAAAGGCCGCUUUGGGGGUUAGGGGAGGAUUGGAUCGUGACAGCGGGCCCGAAAGAGGUGUCGCUGCGUGCCAUGUCGCUGUCUGCGACGCCGCUGUCUCCCGGGCAGCAGGUGGCCAUCGAGGCAGUGCGGCGUCUGCACGUCGACGGCGGCGCUGCAGACGGCGCCGUCGCACUGGUCACCAGCGUGCUCAGCGAACGCUGCGCCUUCGAUCAGACUGAUGUCAGCGUGGAGGACUGCAGAGGCAUCUCAAUACUACCUGGGGAGCUGCUUCUGCCGGUACCUGUAGACCUGUGGCAGAACCUGUACAUGGAGGACCUUGCUGAAGACAUGCUUUCGCUUGUCCAUGACGCGUACGGCGUCUGCUUUUACCACGAGAUGAACGAGGAUCUGUUUCCCAGUCCCAACUCAGCCUACGGUCGGCUUGGCCAAUGGAAUUGUCCUUCAAUCUUCUUCAGCUCCUCAGGGAAUGAUUCGUCCAAAAGCCGACGGUGACGAGGCGUCGGACCACAGUCCACUAUCUCUAAGACAGAUCACUGCCAUCAGUUCUGUACAUAGGACACAUUUCACGGUCAUUUGAAAGGUUAAAACUGCUGUUUCUUACUCAUGGUAUUACGAAGUGACGUUUCCUGGCUGUGGUGCUAUCAGGGUCUGUAUUUAUUUCACAUUGCGUCAGUUGUUUCUGGUGGAAGUGGACGUGACAUUUUCCAACUUAUUGUCACUGGCUGUGAGUUUAAUAAUUUCAAAUCUCCAGAAAAAAAUAAAAUUAAAUGUAUUAUCUUAGUAAUUGUCACUGUAGGUCAGUCUGUGUGAGUAAAACCAGUGUUAUCAUUCCUUACUCUUUCGCCUUUAUUUCUUGAAAGGCAUUUCAGUGGCCUCAAAUACACAGUGUGAACCGCAACUCCACUGAAUAACUUUUAGAUAUGGUAGUAUGGACCAAAACAAGAAAAAAAGUGUCCAGUAAACAUGGGCUCUAAAGCACAUACCUUGAGAGCUAUCAGCACUUAUUCAUCUUCCUUACUCUUUUGCUGAACGAGUGCUCGUAGCUCUGAGGGUAUGAAUUUUAAUGGCCGUUUUUAAGAGACGUUUGUUCUUGUUUUGGUCAAUACUAUCUCCACCAAAAAAAUGCAAAGCAAAGAGCGUGCUGUUGAACAGAUGUAUUUCACAGUAUUAAAGACGACCAAAGGCUCAUAGCUCUUAAGGCGUACAUUUGAGAACCUAUGUUUACUAGACAUUUUUCCUUGUUUUGGUCCUUCUACCACCUAAAAGUCCGUUGGUGGAGUUGUGGUUCACCCAUUAUACAAACAAGUGUUAAGGAAAAACUAAUAAAAAACGAAAAAUUAAAAAAUUAAAAAUACGGGUCACAUGCAUACAUACCUAACUGUACGGAAGCAUAUACCAGUUCACACACACACACACACACACACACACACACACACACACACACACACACACACACGCGCGCGCGCGCGCACACAGACACACACACACACACAUACACGACACACAGACAACAGAUACCACAAACACACAUUCGACAGCUGGCAACAACAUUUAAUGGUUGAAAAUAACGUUCAUUACUUGAUAACAAAAUUCGAAACAAAACAUGAAUGAAAGAUAUGUUCAUAUUCUCAUUGCCGUGUUAGUGAUAAUGUGAAAGACUUUGGAUUGCUAUCACAAAGUAAUACGUCAGAAAAUGCCAGAACGGUUUUUAACCUUGAAGUAGGGUAUUCAAUACCUAAAACAAAAUAGUGUUGACUUAUUUUUUAUUAUUUCUUAGCGUAUAUUUUAGCCCACUGCUGGUGCAUUUUAAGAAAUAAACGCGAAACGAUAAUAAAAUUAGUUUAUUCAGUUGCACGUAGACGGACCUAACGUGAUCAUUAUCAGCAUAACGUUACACUCACCUGAGGAGGACAAUUCAACAAAAGUUAACGAUGUCGGACUUAAAUUUUUCUUUUGCUCUGGAUACGAAUUAUAAAAAAAAACUAUCACUAACUGUUACUUACCAAAGAAGAGAAAGAAAAAGACGACGGAGCAGGUCAAGUGGUACAAUCGGCAUUAUCACUUGUUACCAGCAAGUAGAAAUAUGACUAACAGUUCAGAGAACUCAGUGAGUUUAAGAGACUGGAUUCGUAUUCGGAGGGAACGGGCUUGUAAUCCUACCUAUUGAUCCUUAUUUCAUUUUUUCUUUUUUUCUGUCGUCGCUGUUGUUGCUGUCUUGGGGACUGAUUCGAUUCAGCUCUUCAGGCUAGUCCAUCCAUUACAAACUUCUUCAUGUCUGCAUAACCACUGCAAUCUACAUUCACUUCAACAUGUUUACUGUAGUCAAGCUUUGGUCAUAGCUCUAUAAUGUUCACCCCCCCUCCUCCCCCCCCCCCCCUACGCUAUCCUUCUCUCCUCCCGUCCAACAUACCGUUCUCUACACCACCAAUGUGUCGUAUCAACUGACCUCUUCUUUCUAAUGAAGAUGUGCCAUAAAUUUUUUUCCCCCAAUUCGAUUCCGUACCUCUUCAUUAGUUAUCCAAAUCACCCAUCUGUAGCACCAUAUUUCAAGAGCUCCUAUUCUCUUCUUGUUCGUACUGAUUGUCAUACAAGAGGGAUAGCAAUAGAGUAUACCCUGAUUUCUUAAGUCCUCUCGUGAAAAUUUCUCUUUCAUUAAAACCUACGAUGUAACUGGCAUAAAAUGCAACGUUAAUCACCAAUAAGUAAAAGUAAUCUACAUAAUGCAUUUACGACAAGUGUAUAGUACUUCUUGACACGUGGAUAUGCUAGAAGAAUUUUCAGAAAUAAAACUGUAAUGACAAUGAGAUUCUUAACAUCACAAAGCAGUUUGAUCUUAGAAAUGAAACUGGGAAAUGCAUCCAACUGCUAAACAACAGAAGAGUCUCAGCGGCAGUUCAGUUAUAUAAAGACGCUUAGAUUAACCUCGAAAUUCAAAAAAACUCUUGAUGUUUAAGUCGGUACUUCUAGUGAUUACUUGGUGUAAAAGAAGUACGUAAGCUAUACAAAAUUUUACAAUGUUUGGAGAAGAUGAAAAGGAACACCUUUUAUGUGACAAAAAUGAUACAGGUGCACCGUUUCGGAGCUAGGAGUCCACAAAGGUUUUGACGCUAGCGAAGUGCAGAAACGGUGUUCAAACUGCCGUGUGAUGAAUAUUGUUUUAGAUAUCUUACACUAAUACACAACUGGCAUCUGGUUGCUAAUGACUGUCUGACACGCACAGAAUAACCAAGUGUUUCACGAAUAAUACCUGUUGCUGGGAGACUGACUCUUUCUUAAAUUUGCUUCCUCAGAGGAAACAGUAAACAAGUUACACUAACUUCAAGAGUUUCACGAUACAAAUCUGGACUUAAACCAAAAGGUGUUCGUUUCAUUCAUAACUAAAUUAUUGACUGAAGGCAAAUAACUGGUAUUAUGUGUUACGAUAAAUAAUUAGAGCAAAAUCCAGAGAAGGUCUGCUAAAUAAAAUACGUGGUACUGUUCCCAUUUUUUCUUUUGCGUAUGAGACUUGACACUACUACGGUUUAGGAAGUCGAUAGAUCAAUGAAUUCGAAUUUUCUUGUAGAAAGUCAGACGGGUACCCGGAAUUGUAGGUUAUUCACUUCAGAAUUUCAGAAACUCGGCAGGCUCGUUAUAUUAAAAUUAUUAAGCAAUAGCUAAUUCGCGCUAGACUCCGUUGUUAUUUACUGUCUUACAAAAACGCUAGCGAUAUUUUUUUUAAUGUUGACCUCAUAUGCAUUUAGUUAAGGUUCAUAAUCAUUCGUGUUUUAUUUAAUUACGUAUCUUAGCCGUUAUUUUCUAGUGAA